AUGGAGCAUCAAGAUGAACCACCAAGCACAGUUAUUCGCCAACAAGAAUAUUUCGACGAGGAGAACCCUUUUUCAUUCAGAAAGAAGAAACCCUCCAACAAGCGCCUUUUCACAUCGCUAAACCACCGAUUUCCAGUGCCUGAGAGUGAUGAUCGACUAGCACCAUCUUCAUUCAAGCAACCACAACAUGAACCGUCAUUGACGGAGAUAUCUGAAGGAGCACAGGAAAUUGUCUCAUCUGACAAUGCUCCCCCGUCUUCGUCGCCAACAAACGCUGCCUCGCUACAGGAAGACUAUUUUGCGAGCGCAGGACCUAACGUCCGUGAGAGCGAAGAGAUGGAUGCAACACCGGCUUGGGAACUUGUCUGGAAGGGCUCCUGGAUAUUACCGUCGUUUGAACCCGUCACUUCAGCAACAUCCUUAUCAUCAUCCUCUAGAAGAACACCUGGAUUCCUAAAGAAAGCCAGCUUGGAUAACCGACAGCAGAUUGUAUUCCAAGGACGAGAUGGGACAAAGCUAAAGCCAAAUGUCACUGAGCUUCCGGACAUUACAUUCGCCAUGCCCAAGUCUCAACACGCGUCCGAUAUAUCAGAUUCAACGCCGUCGAUUUUAGAGGAGAAGCAGAUGAUGAAGGAGAACACAGAGAUGCAUGUUAUCGCCAAGAUCAGCCUGAGCAACUUUCCAUUCUCGCUACUAAUGCCCGGGUGCCCAGAACCAUGCCGUGUAUUCGUUUCUCCGGAGAGCAAGACCUCUGCCCAAUUCCUGAGUGAAAUAUUUGAUCGCGAUGACAUUAUGGACAUGGAAAUGCGCUACUGUGAAAACGAUGGGCAGGCUGUAGGACAGAUCGGACUGCUACUGAGGCUUGCUUCCAAGUCAGGUUCAAACACGAAGAGGAAAGGCAUGCUAUCAAACCUUGCAAAGCAAGACGAUAAUCCUUUUUUGCAACCAUCUACUCAGGAAGAAGCGUCUGGUGUCUCAAAGACCGCGACAGACACUUGCGACGAUCAUAGGCGAAAGAUAUACCAGGAAACAUCAAUGUUCUUGGUUUAUGGGGUACUUGUGGAUAAUGAUCAGGAACAGGACAGCCUGGAGAGUAAUGGGCGCCUCCGCACCAUGUGCUUUUACGCAUACCCACUCGUGGAUCAUGAAAAGUUUUUGGAAGUGGUGCUGCUGAAUGUCCGCUCGUUGGAUCGCCUGAAGCAGGAGGCGGAAGACGUACAGUUGGACCAUCACACGUUAUCGGAAGAUCCCGAGACAUAUAUUCAGUAUGAAGACCCAGUUAAGAACAGCAUCAUGAACGGAUGCGACAACGAGCAGGAGACUGGAUAUGAAUCCGACUGGGUCUCUGCUUUCGACAUGGAGGUUGACAAAGAUGGAUCCUCGCAACAGGACACCGAACUACUGAUGGCUCUCGAGCGGAGCAAAUCUUGGUCGCCAUAUACAGUUUUACCACCUCCCAAUACUUCAUUGCUUUCUGGAGCGCCCUCGAACCCUAAAGACAUCCCGAGUGACAGGAUUUUGUCGCGCUCGCAGACACUGGAUAGAGUAGGCGUUACGAGCAAGGACAGCUCUGCCCGAUCGUUGAAUGCCCUUGCGCGGCAUCGGAGCAUGGACUCUGCCGCUGGGAGCAAGCUGCAAUUGGCUACCAUAUCACGUACCCUCAGCAGCAGUACUACACCAAAAGCGCCUAGAAAAGGUAUCCGCCACUUGAAGAGUCCCUCCCGGGCCCCACAGCAACCAUUGGAUCUCACGACAGAAGGUCUCAGGAGGAAGCUACUUGGGCCUGAAUCUAUACGUGCAGAAUUGCCUUCGACGAAUACCACGCUACCAUCAUCCUCGCCAUCCUUAUCCUCGUCAAGCACAAAGUCGAUUGAGGCUCGCAAUAAAGCAACUGUCAAGGGUCUCACUAUAUCGACACUGUCCAUUAUCAACAUCACGCCAGACCAUGAAGACUUCAAAGAAUGCGCUGCGAAUCUUUACAGGAGUGUUACUUUUGCCAUGCGCAAGGACAUUGGCACGCGACGGUAUCAUUUAGAAGAAUUGGAACGAUUGAUGAACAGACACGCAGCUUUACUCUAG